AUGCGAUGGCGCACCUCCUACUGGAGUGUGAUAGCAUGCGUCUGGCUAUGCGUCAGCGCAGGCGGCCGCGCCAGAGCUGGGCCAGCCAUGUCAAACGAACGCAAGCGGCAACUACGAGAGCUCACGCGAGAGACGUUCAAUCAUGGCAUGCGACAUUACAUGCGAGUCGCCUAUCCUCAAGCAGAGCUACGGCCGCUUUCAUGUCAGCCUCUCGGUCCCUCACCAGAUCCGACAGAUGAGAUCAAUGACGUCGUCGGCCACUUUCCCUUGACACUCAUCGACGCCUUGGACACCUUUGUGGUGUUCCAGGACAAGGCAGGCUUCGAGCGAGCCGUCAAAGACGUCCUGCGUCAGCUCAGCUCGUUUGAUAUGGAUAGCAAAGUCCAAGUCUUCGAGGUCACCAUCCGUGUUAUGGGCGGUUUGCUGUCGGCGCACAUCUUUGCUAGCGACGAAACUCGAGGGUUUGCCAUCUCAGGCUACAAGGGAGAAUUGCUCUCGCUCGCACAAGACCUCGGUGAACGUCUCUUGCCUGCGUUCCAGUACAGCUUGACGGGCAUGCCGUUUGCGCGCAUCAACCUGCGACAUGGCAUUUCGCGAACGGAAAGCACAGAGACGUGCACUGCAGGUGCUGGUUCGCUAUUGCUCGAGUUUGCCACGCUCAGCAGAUUGACGGACAACCCCAUCUACGAGCAAGUCGCACGCAAAGCCUUUUUCUCCCUGUGGGCCAAGCGAUCAGCACUCAAUUUGCUCGGCAACACGAUUGACUUGCAGACCGGCGCAUGGAUCUAUGGCAUCGCGAGUGUCGGUGCAGGCAUCGACAGCUUUAUGGAGUAUAUGAUCAAAGCUUAUGUUCUAUUGGGUGAUGAAGAGUAUUGGAACGUCUUUGCAGAGAGCUACGAUGCCAUACAGCAGCAUGUCAAGAGCUCAGAAGGUCACUGGUACCGCGGCGUCAACAUGCACUCCGGCAAGAUCGCACAGACGCACAUCGAUAGUCUCGGCGCUUUCUGGCCGGGUACGCAAGUCCUUGCCGGCGACGUCGAAUCGGCCAUCAAGGGUCACCUCGUCUAUGCGAACAUUUGGGCUCGCUAUUCAGGCUUACCGGAGACGUUCAGCAUACAGAACAGAGAGGCCGUCUCCGCGGGCUAUCCACUGCGGCCUGAGUUCAUAGAGUCAACGCUCUAUCUGUAUCGAGCAACAGGCGAUCCGUACUAUCUCUUUGUGGGCGAGCGAUUCAUCGAGGAUUUCGUCAAUCGUACCCGGGUCGACUGCGGACUAGCUAGCCUCAAGAACGUCAAGACUGGCGGGCAUGACGACCGCAUGCAUUCCUUCGUCCUCAGCGAGACCCUCAAAUACGCCUAUCUGCUAUUCGAUGAAUCAAAUCCGGUCCACAAAGAUGAGAGCAACGCCGUCUGGUCAACCGAGGGCCAUUACCUCGCGGUCGAUCGGCAUAAGCUCAACCACUCGACACAUCCGCUAGUGUCCACUUCACCACAGCGAGGUGCUCUGAGGGCUACUUGCGUCAAUCCGGUACAGCCAACACCAUGGACGACUAGCAUUGCAGCUCGAGGAGAUGCAGAUGUAGCCCGAGCGCUGGUGAAUUGGGAUGUGAGCGAGUCAUUCGCGCUUCAGACCGGCAUGUGGUCGCCAUAUAGUCAGUGCGCGAAGCCAGAGCUCGAGCAGUAUGUCCGUCCAAGCACUGUCGAAGUUGUCUUUUCACCCAACGGUCAAGUCGAGGAUCCCAAUCCUGGCGCCGACAAAGUGAUCAUGCUCUCGAACGGUUUCGUCGUCCGCAAGAUGGAAGGUCUCCGGCUUACAUUGACCCAACGGCCAGACUCUGGCGGCGCCUACGAUAUCACCAGGAUAUCGCAAUACAUGAUACCAAAGGGUGCGACCGUCUUCUUUGCAGACCCCAGCGUGCUCGAUGCGUUCCGGCACGAUCCGCAAUCGACGCAAGAAGUCCGGCUGAAGACGCGCUACCUCGACACUGCUGGACGGCAUGCUGUCGAGUCUCAUCUCGGCAUGAGGGCGACAUUUGGACCCAACCCACUGCUGCCGAACGUACUCAGUCAGACGCACUUUGCUCGCAAUGCCCCGAUGCGGAGCCUCAUCAAGCCUUCUUCGACCACGUACGGUUGUCAUCCUUACAGUGUCGCGCGGCCAGCCAACCCGAAAGCGUCGGGGCCGGUCGUCUUCUUGCUGAGAGGACACUGUACGUUUGUCGACAAGGCAUACUAUGCAGCUCAGAGUGGUGCAUCUGGUCUCAUCGUCAGCUCGGACCACGACGAGGCGUUGCAGGCAUCCGGGGACGGCGAGCCAGUCGACCUUCUUGCAAAGCUUAGCGUACCUUUGAUCACCGUCAGCAAUUCGACGGGUACACGACUCGACGAGUUACUCUCUGUCAGCAAUCGAAGCAUACAGAUCGAAGCCAUGCCGCCGGAGCUUGUGCCCGAUAGCAAGAUUCAGAUCAAUAAUUGCCUCUUGCUCAACGUGAAACUCUUAGAAUGA